AUGUCUUCUGGCAUAAUCAUCCUCUUUGUGACUGCAGCGACAGUUUUUUUCUACAGCCGUCGACGCGGUCUACUCCCUGGGCCACCUCCAAAGCUCUUUAUUGGAAAUCCCCAUCAACUUCUGCCAAAGAACGAACCUUGGCGGGCGUAUGUCACGUGGGCUAAUAUAUAUGGGCCCAUAUUCUCCUUCCGCGUGCCCAACCGGCAAUUCAUAGUGCUGAGCUCCCUAAAAGCGGCUACUGAAUUGUUCGAUGCACGCGCCACUAUGUACUCUGAUCGUCCAAAAGUGUGGAUGCUAGAACUCGCGAAGCGCAAUCUGAACCCGUUCAGUAUAUCUUACAAUCACCCGUAUUUCAAGGCGUAUCGCACGAUCUUCAAGAACAGUCUGAGUACCCGUGCUAUACAGAACUACCAGUCGGUGCAAAGUGAAGAAUGUCGUGUGCUGCUUGACGGUCUGCACAAGAACCCUGACUGUUUCACCGAUCACAUCGGAAAGAACGCAGCGGCCGUCGUCCUUUAUCUCGCAUACGGCUGGAAGGUCACCGACGAUGACCAUCUCGUUAGUAUGCUGCAAGAAGCCUUUGACUCCACUGCCGUGCUAAUUCGGCCUGGACGCUGGUGGGUCGAGGGGAUGCCAUUAUCAAAGCGGCAGUUAUACUUCGUUUCAGAACAGCUCCUUCCGGAGGUUGGGUCCAUGGUCAGUGCCCAACAAGAAGAUAUCAUUAUGCGGUGCAGUCAGGUGAUUUAUGUAGGGGGAUUGGACACCACAGCAUCAUCCAUGAAGUCCUUUAUUCUGGCGAUGGUGCUUUAUCCCGAGGUGCAGAAGCUUGCACAGGUAGAGAUCGAUGCCGUCGUGGGUCAGGAUCGAUUUCCCACGUUCGAGGACAAAGACAAGCUUCCUUACAUCGGAGCGCUCGCCUUAGAACUCCUCCGCUGGGCACCCGUGACUCCGCAAGGACAGCCACAUGAUUUUUUUGGGGUUCCCGCUCACCCUCAGCAAUGCAGGGACGUCUACGAAGGGUACCACAUUCCCAAGGGUGCGGCCAUCAUUGUGAACUUUGUUUCCAUGUCACGGAAUGAAGAAAUAUACCCCGACCCAUUGGAGUUCAGGCCUGAACGCUUCCUUGGUCCCUCACCCCAAUCGGACCCUCGCAAGUUCAUGUUUGGGUUCGGGCGCCGUAGAUGCCCUGGGUUGCAUCUUGUUGAAGCCUCAUUGUACCUCAAUACUUCUUGUAUCCUGGCUGCGUUCACGAUUGCCAAACCGCUUGAUGAGAGAGGGGAAGAGAUCACACUUCCUCCAGAAUACGAGAACAUUGGUCCAGUCUGGUAA